AUGGUUAAUUCCCGAUGCAAAACGGAGGUCGAAAUUACCGCAACGAAGUGGAGCUUUACGGAGAGUGGAACAACAAAAAUACUCAUGGGCCCAAAAAAGGACUACACCCCGUUUAUUGUAUGCUGGAGCAAGAACCCAUCUAGUCCUCAUUGUGGGAACACUGAAAAGCCAUCUAUCAGGGUUACGCCUAGGUGUGAAGACUUUAAAGACCCUGGUUUAUCUCUUGAAAAUCAGACUGAUAAUAUCCUAAAAAAACAAAGAACCUUGCUUUUCGAAGAGCAGGGUAGACGAUAUAAAAUGGCUUACAGCGGACACUUUUUGCCGUUAUCCGAUGCCGAAGAUUCUGGAAGCUUUUUAUGUUAA